AUGCUCAGCACUGCAGCACUUGACAUCAUCGCUUCCUCUAAAGACGGUGCCGAAACUGCGCCGUACCAUCAAGCCGCCCUCAAAUACUUCAACAAGUCUAGUGCUCUGAUGCGACAGGAACUCUCAAACGCGAGGGGUGAGGAAACUACACAUCUGUUGUUUUUGAAUGCAACAUUUACGGUCUACAACCACAUCGCCAUUUCACAACACCUCAUGACCGACGGCGCAACUCAAGCACCGCCGUUAUCAGCAAUACAACGUGCCUGCUUGUUGUUUGAGAUGUGUCUCGGUGCAUCGUAUGUGAUGAAUCUGAACCCGACAGCACUGGAAAAGAGUCUGGCGUAUCUUCCGUCCCUUCACGAGCAGUGGAGUAGCUUGCCGUUGGAUCAUCUACGUGAAGAAGACAGAUAUGGAUUGAGCCUGUUGGACUCCAUCAAGGACGCCAUUUUCUUUGGGGACGCCAACGAGAGCGAAGACACGAUCAUCACAAGAGAUACGUAUGAUGGAUCCAUGAAACGAAUGCGGCUAUGUUACUCUCAUGAUUUGCAUCAUGUCGCUCAAGGUUUCUGCAUGUCGUUUCCGAAAUACAGCGGCAGUGAUCUUGCAAAAGCCGCCAAGGCGCAUGACCCCAUGGCAUUGCUGCUCAUCAUGUACUGGGGUGUGCUUUUGCAUCGCCUGGCGGCUGAUGUGUGGUGGAUAGGACCAUUGGGACAGCAGUUGGUGCAAGAAGGGGCAGAAAUUGUGAGCCGUUCAAAGUUAGUACAUGUGCCUGCGACUUUAGAGGCCGUGAUGUGGACACGAUUGCAAACCGGUAAUUUAGACUAG